UGAGUGUCUCCAUUUUGGCCGCGCAGGUGGAGACUCGACGAGAGCCCGCGGAGUAGCGGAGCGGAGUCAGCAGUACCGUGAGGGCCGAAUCGGCUCACAGCACAUUCUCCCUUACUUCCUCCGCCCGCAGAAGCCGGGGGCUCUCAUGGCGGGCUUGGAGGUACUGUUCGCGUCGGCAGCGCCGGCCAUCACCUGCGCGCAGGACGCGCUCGUCUGCUUCCUGCACUGGGAGGUGGUCACGCAUGGCUACUACGGCUUGGGUGCCGGCGACCAGCCGGGUCCCAAUGAUAAGAAAUCAGAACUGCUGCCAGCGGAAUGGAACAACAAUAAAGACCUGUAUGUCCUCCGGUAUGAGUCAAAGGAUGGGUCCAGAAAGCUCCUUGUGAAGGCUGUCACUGUGGAGAACAGCAUGAUCAUCAAUGUGCUGGAACAUGGCUCACAGCAAGUGUCAGACUUGACCCUGAACUUGAAUGAUUAUAUCGAUUCAGAGCACCUGGUUGACUUCCAAAGGGUCUACAAGAAGAGUGAGGAACUUCGGUCUCGUCUUGUGUCUGGGAUCAUCACACCUAUCCAUGAGCAUUGGGUCAAGGCUAGUGUAAGUCCCCACCAGGAGUUUCCCCCUGCCACUGCCAGAGAGGUGGACCCACUCCGGAUUCACCCACACCACCCACAUACCAGCCGGCAGCCUCCCUGGUGUGAUCCCCUGGGCCCGUUUGCUGUUGGGGGAGAGGACCUAGACCCCUUUGGGUGUCGGAGAGGUGGCAUGAUUGUGGAUCCCCUGAGAUCUGGCUUCCCAAGAGCACUUAUUGACCCAUCAUCGGGCCUCCCAAACCGGCUUCCUCCAGGCGCUGUGCCCCCGGGAGCACGCUUUGACCCCUUUGGACCCAUUGGGACCAGCCCAUCUGGACCUAACCCAGACCAUCUCCCCCCGCCGGGCUACGAUGACAUGUACCUGUGAAGGCCUCAAGAAUGUAACAUCCCAGCCUUCCCUCUACUCUCCUGGAGCUGCCACUGCUGGCCGCAUCAGCAACCGUUUUCUUGCGGGCUGGGGGCAAGGGACUCUGCCCAUGUGUUUGCAGGCCAGCUGGGAUUGCCUCCCCACCCGCUACCAGGGCCAAGGUACCUGCUGCAGCUGUCCACCUGGCUGCAUAUAGGUCCCAAAGAGAAAUCAGUGUCUCUCACCACCAGCUCCUCCCCACUUCCCAGGGAGACUCCGGCAACAUAAUACCCUCGACCCGAUGCAGUCCCAGUUGCAGCACUGUAAGAACAGAACACAUUUUGGAUGUUAUUAUUAAGAACCAAAUGUCAAUACAAAACUCAUGUUGCCAGUC